AUGACCGAUCCCCACGGCUUUGCUGUAGCUACCGACACCGCAGCAAUAACAGCAGUAUUAGCAGUACCGGCAGCAACAACUACCGAAAAAACCGACACUUUACAAUUAAACGUAGACUCAGCCACCAACACCACAACGUGUCGAAAGCCGCAUCGUGACGGUAAAGACGACGAGAACGAUGACAAGCACGUCGAUUUUAUCGUUGCUUCCGUCGACUCGCCGACGAUGGACUUGUCACAUAUUCCGAAUCACGCGGCGCGGGUCGCGCACGGUAGGACUGCCACUGCUGGAGCACGUAUACACCACGGAGGCCAUUCCGAUCAGUUCUCGCACACCAACAGCGAAGGAGGACAGUCGUACCAAAUUAUGGAGUACGAUUUGGCCGACAACGAACACGGUUUCGGUCGACACGUUUACGACUACAGCGACAAAGCCGACGAACACAGUGGCACCGACGAAGACGACGAUUUCGUCAAUAAUCCCAUGCUAUUGGCGGCGACGGAACCGCAAAUUGAGGACAACACACCCGCAGCCGCUGCACUACGGGCCAACGCCAACGUUAAGGUAUCCACCGUUGGCAAGGCCGCUCGUGCCGUACACAUGCAGUCGGUGCGCAAACUCAUCAAACGAGCUACCGGUACAACCCACAGUGGAUUCGUACGUGGAAAACCGCCCCGCUUGCCACCGGAUGUUCAGGAGGAAGAGCAGUCACAAGGUGAGGAAGUAUCGCUGGAAGCCCACGAGCAACAUAAUCGUCGAGCAAUACACGGAUCCUCCGCACUACAUCCACCGUUUCACCAUCCGCAACCACUACAACCACAUCCACACGCACAUAGUCUCGCACACCCUCCACUUCCAACACAAGCACCACAAGCCAUUCCACCGACAUCACUGGAAUCGACAGUCGUCCUGGGCGUCAGGGUACAACCACAUGAUGUGGACAGUGCCGAUGUCAUGCCGGAUGCCGUGGUAAAAGGGACCGUCGAAGCAGGGAAAAAAGUGCUGGUCUCCGUGGAUCCCCACGACAUGCUCAAAUUCUUGCGAUGGCGGCGCAAGAAAAAAGCCCACGGACAGCAACCUCCAGUUGCCAAGUCCUACGUAAAGGGCAAGGUCAUCGACGGAGAACACGAACUUUAUACACUGUCGAUUGCCGUAAUGAUUGGAGUUAGGACGUCUAUUUCCUCCACGAACGCUGUGAUUAACGGUACCACGGCACCACAAAAUCAGCUAUUUCCGGAUGCCACCGCAUCGCAGCCCAGUAAACGAUGGGUCCAAUCAACCGAUUUCAGCGCAUCCGAGAAGUACGAAUUUCGUCCCAAAGGUGGCGCCACCCCACCGCAUAGACUGGCGCAUACCUUCAAAUUCAAAGACUACUCGCCCAUCGUAUUUGCCUACUUGCGACGCAUGUACGGUGUCAACGAAUUCGAUUUCUUACUAUCCGUAUGCGGCAACGCCAAUUUUAUCGAAUUCAUUUCCAACGCCAAAUCUGGACAAUUCUUUUUCUAUUCUAGUGACGGAAAAUACAUGAUCAAGACUAUGACCAAUGCCGAAAGCAAAUUUUUGCGGAGAAUCCUCCCAAGUUAUUUUCGACACUGCUGCGAGAAUCCCAAUACUCUCAUUACGCGUUUUUUUGGAAUGUACCGCGUCAAAUUGUAUCAUUUGCGACGAAACGUCAAGUUUGUCAUUAUGAACUCGGUAUAUUACACGGACAAGUAUUUGCAAAAUUUUUACGACUUGAAAGGUUCCGUAGUCGGUCGAAACGCCAAACCUGGGCAAGCGGUCAAAAAGGACAACGAUUUGCGCCAGGGACUACCGGAGUCUGCCUUGUCGUUGCGACCGCCGGUGCGAACCCACAUGCGCGACCAAAUUUCCGCUGAUUGUGAGUUUUUGCGGCAGAUGGAAAUUAUGGAUUACUCUAUGUUGGUAGGAGUUCAUCACGUGCCACCGGUGGAAGAUCACAGUCUCGCCACGAUUGGGUUUCGUGCGAGCGCACGGACGUCGGCCCAGCGCAUGCGCAAGGGAUCCUUGGAAAUGGAUUCCGGUUGGAAACCGCUGCCGCAGGACCCGGUCACGAAUGGCGCCUUGGUAGACGGGAGCGGCUCGGAAGAAAAAAUCACCGAUUUUUCGGUUGUUUCUGAUCGUCGGUAUAAUCGCAAUGAGUCAUUGGGAGGUUUCUUUUUGGACGAUGGGCUUGAGGACGAUGAAAGCAGCUACUUGAUGGGCAGCAGUAGACGUUUCGAACCGCGUUCGCCUUCAUUCCACGAAGAAACGGAACGAAAACGUCAAGCCACCAUUGAGAAACUAUACUGGCCUUUUCAUCGACUGUUCGAUAUUCAUGGGUAUCGCCUUUUGGAACCCGUACAAUGCACCAAGUGCUUCGCUGCUCCUUGCAACUGCGAUUCCGACGCCUCUCUACUCGAAGGCUACAAGAUCCCCAUAUUCGUCAAGCCUCUGUCCGAACGUAAGGACGGUGGUCUUGAAAUGGAUACGACCGGGCGCCAAUUACCUAUGAAGCUGAAAGGUCCACACGGCGAUCAGCUAUACGAGGGUAAGAUCUUUUACAUGGGAAUCAUCGACGUGUUACAAGAAUAUACUUCUCGGAAACGGGUUGAGUCCAGCUAUCGGGCCUUGACCAGUAGUGGAAAAUUUGAAGCCAGCUGCGUCCCGCCCGACGUUUACGGCGAACGCUUUGUACGAUUCUUUGACGAAUAUACUGUUGGCAUGACACAGUCGAAGGAGGGUACGAAAGGAUCUAUAGAGAAGACUAAGAACACCCCCUGAAAUAAAACAGGCUGAAUCCCGAAUGGCUUUACCUGCGGGCAUUGUGCAAUCAGUCCCGGGGUCGGAUGUAGUAAACUUUGCUAACAAAUGAACAAAAUUAAGGCAAUUUUAUUACAAGG